AUGUUUGUGCGGGGCGGCGCUUCCGCGGGUGGCACCGCGGGAUUCCGCAGCGGUCCGGCGAUGGAGCGGUGCGCGCGCUGCCCGCGGGGGCUGUGGCUGCUGGUGCUGCUCCUGUCCCCGGUGCAGGGCCGCCAGAAGGAGUCAGGUUCAAAAUGGAAAGUAUUUAUUGACCAAAUUAACAGGUCUUUGGAGAAUUAUGAACCAUGUUCAAGUCAAAACUGCAGCUGCUACCAUGGUGUCAUAGAAGAGGAUCUGACUCCUUUCCGAGGAGGUAUCUCAAGGAAGAUGAUGGCGGAGGUAGUCAGGCGGAAGCUGGGAACCCACUAUCAGAUCAUUAAGAACAGAUUAUACCGAGAAAAUGACUGCAUGUUUCCCUCAAGAUGCAGUGGUGUGGAACACUUUAUUUUGGAAGUUAUCGGGCGCCUUCCUGACAUGGAGAUGGUGAUCAAUGUACGAGAUUAUCCUCAGGUUCCUAAAUGGAUGGAGCCUGCCAUUCCAGUCUUCUCCUUCAGCAAGACAUCAGAGUACCAUGAUAUCAUGUAUCCUGCUUGGACCUUCUGGGAAGGGGGACCCGCUGUUUGGCCAAUUUAUCCUACGGGUCUUGGACGGUGGGACCUCUUCAGAGAAGAUCUGGUAAGGUCAGCAGCACAGUGGCCAUGGAAAAAGAAAAACUCCACAGCAUAUUUCCGAGGAUCGAGGACAAGUCCAGAACGAGAUCCUCUCAUUCUUCUAUCUCGGAAAAAUCCAAAACUUGUUGAUGCAGAGUACACCAAGAACCAGGCCUGGAAGUCUAUGAAAGAUACCUUGGGAAAGCCAGCUGCUAAGGAUGUCCAUCUUGUGGAUCAUUGCAAAUACAAGUAUCUGUUUAAUUUUCGAGGGGUAGCUGCAAGUUUCCGGUUCAAGCACCUCUUCCUGUGUGGUUCACUGGUUUUCCACGUUGGUGAUGAGUGGCUGGAAUUCUUCUAUCCACAGCUGAAGCCGUGGGUUCACUAUAUCCCAGUCAAAACAGAUCUCUCCAAUGUCCAGGAACUGUUGCAUUUUGUAAAAGCAAAUGAUGACAUAGCUCAAGAAAUCGCUGAAAGAGGAAGCCAUUUUAUUAUGAACCACUUGAGGAUGGAUGACAUCACCUGUUACUGGGAGAACCUGUUGACUGAAUACUCUAAAUUCCUGUCCUAUAAUGUAACAAGAAGAAAAGGCUAUGAUCAGAUUAUUCCCAAAAUUUUGAAAACUGAACUCUAAUAGCCAUCAUCGGAUCAAGUCCUCUCUAGGGCAGCAGAUCUGAGAUAUCCUGUGGUGGGGACCUUACCAUGAAUGUAGCACCUAUACCUUGAAUACUGUUACCAAGACAAAUAUCUUGUUUUCCUUGUCAUGCUGCACCCAGAGCAAGUCUCGAGAAAGAUCCAAAACAUGUAGAACACAGAUAUGAAGCAGCUCAACGCUUUGGCUGAACAAGGACCAGAAAUCAUGAUAUAUGGGUUUUGUACCUGAUUCUACCUUUCAUUUUCUUAGGACCAAUCACAGCUUGUGCCUCAGGUCAUCCACAUAUAUAUGUACAUCACUGUGAACCUGA